AAUAAAAAAGAUUUGUACAAUGAGGAAUUGUAUAGUAAAGGAGGAGGAGUAAAAUGUCUAAACUCCAGUGAGCACCUCUAAAACAACGCUUUAUAACCUAAAUAAAAGGAAUGAUAGAGAAGAAAAUCAAUCCUUUUCAUAAGCUUAUUUAAAAGCUGUAAGUAAAUUCUUGUCUGCUUUGCAUAUCCUCUAAUUGGCUUAGCAUCGCUCCCAAAAUAUUAGCGUUCCAUCAUAUCCAUUUGUACUUUAGUAUUCAUACAAUGAGAUUUUGGUAUUAUCUCUAUUAAAUAAGUAGGUACACUUGGGUGGACACAAAAUUGAUGUUGCAAACACACCUGAUACGAAUGUUUACUAAGAAUAAUUACAUAUGUAACAGUUUGUGCCAAGAUUAAAUACUUAAUAAUGUCUCUCCAUUAAAUUAGGUAUCCACAAACGAAAAGGAAUUUUAAAUCAAGAACAGAAGGACACCAAAAACAUUCCCAAGAACUAUUGCAAGGCUAUAAUCACUUUUGCUUCAAAGCACCAAGCUCUUUGUCAUUAAAUACUGGGAGACUAGCUUAAGGUAGUCAAGUUUUUAGAAAGAAUCACAGUCUACAAGAGGAAAUUGAUGAAUAUUCGCACUUUCAGUGGAUUACUAUCCUAAUCGGAGGACCCUCUUGAGGAAGAAUUCAAUCAAACUUUCAGAAUUUUGAGGUAAGCCUAAUUCUAUUAUCUUUUUAGUCGUAUUUUCGUUAAGAAGUACGCAAUUAAUUAUAUAUUUAAUUCAAAGAUAGUUUAGCACAAUUGGCAUCUUCGAUAUCGUCAACAAAUAUAUAAGGGUAUCAAAAAUCCUAAGAAUUUCUCCCACAUCAAGAAACUAUGAUACGUUAGAAUAUUUAAAUA